UCUUUGAAUUUUAAAUAUCGAAUGAAAAGAUCAUAAAGUACCCAGAUUUGACAAUUAUUACUGUGCUCUAACAGCUACAUCAGGAUGAGAAAAUGAUUCAUGUUAUGGGAGUUUCAGAUUUCCGGAUGCUUUACCCACACUGGAACAACCUAAAGCACUGGUACAGUUAUAAUCUGUGACUGUAAAGAAAUUAGAGAUGUGUGAGAUUAUUUAUGGCAAUGUGAUCAGAAUGGAGACUCUUGAAAUGGACAGAGGAGAGAGAGUGGAGAGGACUGUGGCCAUCUAUGAAAGUUCAGAUUCUGUCAGAAAUCAUGAAAAUACAGAGAGACUGCAAGCACGUUCUCAUACAGGAAGUGUUUCAGUGAAGAACAGAAGACACAGAGCAGUUCAAGUGUGUUUGUGGUUGUUGUGUGUUCUUCUGUUGACUGCUGUAGUAGUGCUCUGUGUGUAUUUCACCACUGACAGAAACCGCUUACUAACACACAACUAUAACUUGACCAAAGAAAAAGAGAAAAUACUUACAGAAUACACUGAGAUACUAAAUCAGAACAGAAACAUGACUGAAGAAAGAGAGGAAAUGAAAAACAAGAGCUAUGAGCUGCAACGUGGCCUUACAGAACAAGAUCAGCGCUCUGAUAACUUUAAAUGGAUUUACUACAACUUCAGCUUUUAUUACAUUUCAUCUGAGUUGAAGAGCUGGAGUGACAGCAGAGAAGACUGUAAACAGAGAGGAGCAGAUCUGGUGAUUAUAAACAGCAAAGAGGAACAAGGGUUUUUACAAAAUGGUGUGGCUAAUAACCGUUAUUGGAUUGGUCUGAGAAAUGAUCAGGGGCUGUGGAAGUGGACUGAUGGCAACACAUUCACAACUGGGUAUUGGAACGAGGGACACCCCAGCUCCAAGAAUAAUCUCUGUGCUUCUUUGACUUCAUUAGGAUGGACAGAUGAAUGGUGUAAAUCUCAUAAAAAAUGGAUCUGCAAGAGAAGACUUUUAAAAUAGCUUGUUAAUAAAUAUACAAACAGUAUUUUUAUCAGUAUUAUUGUCACUGGGUUUUGCAAAUAUAUAACCAAUACAACUUAUUAAAAAGUGCUUGUCACAUUUAACAAAACAGUAUUAAAUCAUUAAAAAAGUACAGUGUUUUUUUCCAUUUCCGGAAAAACAGUGAAUUUGGACAUCUGAGGUUUUAGAAGGACAGCAACGAUAUUGAACCGCUGAACUGUUUAUAUUUUCAUAAAACCCUGUGGAUAGACAUCAGAAAAAUUCAAUGUUUAUAUUCACGAUGAGGGAAAUAAUUGUGUAUUAUGGAUGUGACAAAAAAGGACACUGAAGCAAUAAUAAAAGGUGGAAAAGUUUCAAUUCUGAACGUGGCAUAUAUUGAAUAUUAAAUAUUGACAUCUGAGUUAUCUGUAUGACGAAAACCUUUAUUUUUAUGGGAAGGUUAACAUUUGAAUGGAAUUGCCCAUUAAUUCUAUUUAUGUAUGCAUCAGCUUGUAACAAAAACCAAGCGAUGAAUUAUAUG